AUGAGAUACUGGCAGAGCAUAGUGGCGACCAAACACAAUGGAAUGAGCCAACAAGUGUCGCCGCGGUGCACGACAUCAAGUUUGCAAUAUUCUCAGUUGCCGAAGGUUUUUAUAGUUUCCACAAAAUAUCGUAAACUUUUCAAAAGAUUUUCAGGUAAAACCGGACGACCAUUUGUCGCCCAAUACUCGUGUACUCAUCACAAAGCUCGAGGUUUGUCAGAUAGUAUGCUAAGAAAAAGCCGAUCAAUAAUGUCCAUGGUUUUCGGAAGGAAAAAAGCAAAGGAUCGUGCGGAGAAAGGACAUCCGUAUGUAGAAGCAUCAGUAUCUCACGCCCUCGUUGUAAUAUUUCUUGAAUACUUUGCAUGGGGACUGCUGACAGUGCCCGUUAUAAAUGUUCUUGCCGAAACGUUUCCAACUAAUAAGUUUCUGAUGAAUGGGCUUGUGUUAGGAGUUAAAGGCCUCCUAUCGUUCUUGUCGGCUCCUCUUGUCGGUGCACUUUCCGAUGUAUGGGGUCGUAAAGCAUUUCUGAUUUUGACGGUGUUAUGUACCUGUAUGCCGAUUCCAUGUCUGAAAAUCAGUCCAUGGUGGUACUUCUCUCUGUUCAGUCUCAGUGGUCUUUUCUCCGUAACGUUCAGUGUAAUAUUGGCAUAUGUAGCAGAUAUCACGGAUAAAUCGGAGCGAUCUUCAGCAUAUGGUCUUGUCUCUGCUACAUUCGCAGCUUCCCUCGUGACUUCGCCAGCUCUUGGGGCCUACAUAUCAGAAGUAUAUGGAGACAGUUUUGUCGUUCUUCUUGCCACAAUCGUCUCUAUCGCCGACGUCGUCUUUAUUGUUCUUUUUGUUCCCGAAUCGUUGCCAUCACGUCGAAACACUGGAUCCUCUUCACAGAUCACACCGAACGAGGUGUUCAAUUGGCAACAGGCAGAUCCUUUCGGAUCGUUGAGAAUCGUGUGGGAAGAUAAGUUGGUUCUUCAACUCGCCACUAUAGUCUUCUUAUCAUACCUGCCCGAGUCUGGUCAGUUCUCAUGCUUCUUUGUCUAUCUUAAGCUUGUUGUCGGCUUCUCACCGGAAGCCGUCGCCAUGUACAUUGGACUUGUUGGAAUUCUCUCAGUUGUGGCUCAAACUGGUUUUCUUCAUUGUCUGACAAGCAGAUUUGGUACAAAGCACACAAUCACGCUCGGUUUGAUAUUUCAGCUGAUCCAACUGACGUGGUAUGGACUCGGCACUCAAUACUGGAUGAUGUGGGCAGCUGGAGUAUUGGCUGCCAUGAGCAGUAUCACUUAUCCAUCAAUCUCGGCAUUCGUCUCAAUUCUUUCGGACAAGGAUAAACAAGGAACGGUCCAGGGUGUGAUCACGGGAAUUCGUGGGUUGUGUACCGGAUUUGGACCCGCACUUUUUGGCACAGUCUUCUACUUGUUCGACGUAGAUUUAGAGGAUGAGAAAAGCGCCGGACCGUUAUCGCUGAUGGCACCAAGGAAGAUUCCAGAAAAAAUAUUGGCGCCUAGUAGAAAUGAGAGUUCGUGGAUCCAACAACAAGUAGAACGAGCAGCUGCGUUUGACUGGCAGUUCAUUCCGGGACCUCCGUUCUUGAUAGGUGCCAUGAUGGUACUAUUCGCUUUACUCAUAAACUCAACACUUCCUCACACGCCGGCAGCAUCGAAAUAUUUCCGAAGGUCACCAACCCAUUCUCGACAGUCAUCAGAUACUGCACGUCUUCUGAGCAAUUCGGAUUCUUCACCUCAUUGCUGA